CUUUGGCCUUUCCCACAUAUGAUUGACAUCUCACAUCUCCACCCUGCUCAUCUUCCGUCAACAAUAAUGAUGUGAAGUACCAACACCUUCCUUGUUUCAGUCUUACAAAUAAUUUAAUGGUAGUAGAAUGCUGCCAUGUUCAUCUCCUAUAUAUGUAUACUUCUCAGCCUAGUGAAGGACUGGAGGCCCCAUUUGUAGUUUGGUGAACACCAACACCUUGCCCUUUUUUUUCACCAGAAACCAAAAUGGCAGCCAGGAUGCCUUGCCAUCAUCACCCUUCUUCUACCUCUUCCUCCUACACGGCCAUGAUCAGCCCAAGGUCUGGUACAAGGAAGGUAGCCUUCAGUUUCAGCACCUCUGCUCAUGGCAGCAGUUCUUUAUCACACCUCUCCUUAACUCCUGCGACGGACAACAAGAAGGUAUUUGAGGAUCAAUUGAGAGGGAUCCUCUGCUAUAGAGAUGAGAACGGGGAGAUGAUCUGCGAAGGGUAUGACGAAGGCCCAAGGCUAGGAAUAAGGUUGCCGGAGAAAGCCUGUUUCCCAUGGCCCGUGGGAGUUCAGGUCACUGAUUUCAUCCAGCUGGCGACUCUUCAGGUUUGUGAGGACGUUGAUGUUCUUCAGCUUAAGAGUGAUCAGAAGAGGCAGCUCUGAGCAUGAAACUAAUCAUGUGAGCAUAAUUAUGUAAAAUGAUGUUCUGCAAGAAUAAGUGCGUGUAUGCAAGGUGUUGUACUUACUGAUAUUAGUUCGUCAGAUUCUGUCCAUAGCUUUGGGUUUCACAGAAAAAGAAAAAAAAACGAUAUUGUUCUCAGUGUACUGCUGAAGCAGAUUUACUUGUUUCUAAAGAAUCACUUUCUGCAA